AUGGGAGUUCUUAUGUUUAAAUGUCUAGAUACACUAGAUCCAGAAGAUAUUAUUGAUGAGAAUUGCUGGUCGGAUAGUAUUACAAGUUCAGAUGAAUCAUAUACAGGACGUGAACAUUAUUUGACAGUUGGAAAGAAAAGAAUAAGGGAUGAUGAUUUGAUAUUAGAAGAUGAGAAAUAUAUUGGAAAAAAAGCGAAUUUAAAGGAUAUAUAUGAAGAUGAUUAUGAUAGGUUGGACGAUAAGAUAAAAUAUAAUGAAAUAUCAGAUAAAGAUGAAGAAAUAUCAAGUUCAAUAGGUUUAGAUGAAGAUUUAUCUCAUCAAGAAGCUAAUUUGAGUGAAUUUUCUGAUGAUAUUAUUGAUGAGGAAUCAGAAAAAAAGAGAAGAAAAGAAUUAAAAUCAUUUAUUGAAAAUGAAGAAAAAAAUUUUGUUCAAGAAAUAGCAAAAAUGAACUCAAUAGAGAUUGAAAAGGGAGAACAUAUUCAAAGACAAUUAAAAAUGUAUGAUUGUCUUCUUGAUGCGAGAAUAAGGUUACAGAAGGCUCUUGUUGCAGUGAAUUCUCUUUCAAUAGAAUAUAAGAUUAAUGAAUUGGAGGAAAAUAAAGAAUUUGUUAAAAAUGCAGAAAAUGAAACUAAUUCUUUAAUUGAAUGUUUGUCAGAAAUACGAAAAAUGUUGAUGGAAAUGGACAAAAUUGAUGUUGAAUGUGCUGUAGAAAGAAACAAGGAUAUUAGCAAAAGUUCUCUUGAAACCUUAUGUGAUGAUGUUUUAAAUUUAGAUAAACAGAUUUUAACAUGGCAAAACGAAACUUUACUUAAGUGGUCUGAUAAAGUAAAGGUUACUUCUGUUUUAUCUUUAAACAAAUUUAAUUCAUUAAAUCAAAAUGUUUUGGAUUUAAUUCAAAGAAACAUGACAAAUAAAGAAAAAUUAUUAGAAGCAACAUAUAUUGAUAGAACUGAGAAAAAGCAACCUAAAAACAAAGAACGCUUUGAUGAUACUGAUUUUUAUCAAGCAUUGUUGUUCAAUUUAAUUAGUAAGAGAAUGGUAGACUCAGGAAAUAAUCAAGGGCUGCGUUGGGCAUUUUUAAAGCAAAAAAAGCAAAAAAAUAAUAUAGAUACCAAAGCAUCAAAAGGCCGUAGGUUGCGCUAUCAUGUUCAUGAAAAAAUACAGAAUUUUAUGACACCAAAUCCUGUUAAUAUAUGGAUUGAAGAAAAAAUAGACAAUUUAUUUUCGAGUCUUUUUGGACAAAUAUCAUCAAAUGAUAUUGUGAAAACUUGUAAUUAA